AUGAGCAGCAACAACGUCGCACAUAUCUCCUCAGUGGAUAAAGGCUUAAAAAUGAAAAUUAAACGUACCAAAAUACCAAACAAGCUGGAUUCUAAACACGAAGUUGUGAAAACAGCUGUCUCGGUGGCAACCUCAGGGGUAUUACUAAAUACAGUGUCUGCUACAGCAUCUUCAGUAUCAAAGCCUUCCUUGGGUGGUAUGAUAUCGACUGUGGCAACAAGCAGGACUUCUGUCAGCCUAGGCUCAAACACAAUUGCAGCAUCAGUUACGGCAACUUUAUCAAUCCCUUCAUCAACUUCGUUAACGUUCUCGUUAUCAUCAAUGUCUUCAUCCUCUUCGGUGUCAUUUGCAUCAACCUCAUUAACAUCAGGUAUUGCCAGCACGUCGCUGGUAACUAUGGCAGUGACCAACCCAACUGUGGCACUGCUGAAGGCUGCCAGUGUUGCAGUCACAUCAGAUGCCAGCUCAGCUGCUGGAAAAUCCCCAGCAAAAACUCUGCCCCCUGGAGCAGUGGGCUGUGAUUCAAGAGAUGGAAAGUCACCAAAAACAAAGGCAGCAUACAGCAAAAAAGUUAAGGACAAUAAAAUGAAACCUGACAUUCCUGUUUCUGUGGGCUCACUUAUGAAUGCAGGUGGGAACAGCCAGACAGUUGUGGAUGGUCUAACUUGUGUCCCAGUGGUUGUUUGCACGCAGACAUAUAAUGCUCUUCCUGCCCCACAGCAACCACCACACACUUCAUUCCCUGGAGUAACAAACUGCAUGUUGACCUGUGAACCUCGACCAGGGGAUACUGUUCACAUGAAGAAGGACAAUCCUGUCCAUGACCCUUAUGAGUUCAAUGCCAAGGUGGAAGAUAAAAUUGAACUGCCUCCUAAAAAGCUCAAAUUGGAAAAGGCUGAUUGCCUUGAAACAGCAAUGUCCCCACAGCCACAACAUCCAGCAUCACCAAGCAUGAUUGUGCCACCACUACCAUCUCCUUCACUACAGCAGCAGCAGCAGCCACAGAAACGGAGUGUGGGUGUGGAUGUGUGUAGUGUGGGUGUGGUGACGGAACCCGAGUGUUUAGGUCCCUGUGAGCCAGGUACCUUGGUGGGCCUGGAAGGAAUCGUCUGGAAGGAGACUGAUAACGGCUUACUGGUGGUGAAUGUCACCUGGCGGGGGAAGACUUACGUGGGCACACUGAUGGAUGCCACCAGGUACGCCUGGGCACCACCAAGGCCCAAUGGUUGCGAUUCCCCAGUCAGUGACUUCGAGUCCAGAACUCCAAAAGGGCGUGGAAAGCGUAACUGCCGAACAACUGCCCAAUCCAGCGAACGACUUCCAGAAGGAAGGCGGCUGAGGAAAGGUCGCCGCGGGACAGUCAACAGCAGCAGCAGCUGUUUCACAGCGCCUCCCAGUCCAGCCAAGUCGGACAUCAGCAGCUGUAACAACAUGAAGAGAAAGACGACACCAAACAACACCAACAGUGACAAGUCCAAGCGCAGCCGCUCCUGCUCCCGUGGGCUGACUGGCGUGGAAAGUCCGACUCCUGAUGACUUCAUUGUGUGUCCCGAACCAAACUGUCACAAGAAAUACAAGCAUAUGAACGGGUUGAGGUACCAUCGCACCCAUGCUCAUCGAAAGUCUUCCCUUACAGAUGAUGCUAAAGAUGAAGAAGAGGAUGAAGAAGAUGAAGAUGAACGAAAGAAGAAAGAAAGGACUACUUUGUCAGAGAGAGCGGAAAGAAUGAAGGCUAAAGAGAAGUUGAGAAAAGGCGAACAGCAGAAACAUUCAGACAGAGACUCAAAGGAUUCCUUAGACGAUGACAUUCCUCUCAAAGAGAUUGCUAUCAAGGUCAGCGGCCAAAAUUCACAUAGGGUAGACACUGCGUGUACAGAUAAAGACAAGACAGAGGAUGAAUCCAGUGUUAGUAUUAGUGAACUAAGCUCUUGUGUUGCCUCCCUGGUGACUAUCAGCAAUACAGUAUCUACAUCUGAGGCAACUUUUGUGAAACCAAAUAUCAACUCACCAGAGAUCUUAGUAUCCCAGAGCACAGACUCUGUUGCCCAAGUAGAUGAGACACAUGCCAUGGAGGUGUUGCCGUGUACAGUUCCUCUAGUGCCUUCUGUCACUGCUGCUGGCAGCCCACAAACAGUUGCAAGUUCCAGCAGCAGUAGCUUACCUGUGAUAACUUGUGUCAUGUCACCUGUUCAACAGGUGUCUUCAGCAAUUACCAUGUCUGCGGUCUCACGGAUCUCUCACAUCUCUCAUGCAAAUAGCCCACAAGGUGUGAGAGCAACACACAUAGUUCCAGUCAUAGCUUCCUCCAGCAUUCAGACAACAGCAGCGACUGCUCUGCUGGCUAUGACCUUGUCUACUGACCGGCAGAGCUCAUCUAAAGGCUCUGGGUUCUUGAAGACUGUUACAUCUGUUCGCCCAAUUGUACCAGCUCCAUUGCCCCAGACAGCUGGCAUGCCGAGUCCUCACCUGCAGAAUUCCACUUCGCAGUCAUCGCCUCACGCUCAUGGACCUCCACUGAAACCAAUACAGCCCAAGCCAACUAUCAUGGGGGACUACUCUGUGGUCAGCCCAGCAUUGAGUGACCUCAGCCGGGAGAAAUCUAGAAAGGUGAAGAAGAAGAAGGAAAAAGACAGUUCAGGAAACAUUGUUUCUAGUCACCAGAAACCUACAUUGAAAGUUCAAACACCCACCAGGGAACUCAGUAACACACUGUCAGAGCUGAUCACUCAGGAUGAUGUAUAUAAAAUUGACAGAUCGGCAGUGAUCAGGAAUUCAACUCCGUCCAAACCUUUUGAUACUUGCAGCCCCACAAGUGACAUUUCACAGUCACCAUUCCAUCUUUGUGUAGACUCUCCUGCACGACAUUCUCCUUAUUCAGACACUGCUCAUUCGAGCGGACCUCGUUUGGUAAUUCCACCAUCUUCUUUAGCAGUCUCAUCGCAUAUGGACAACAAAAGUACCAUUAGCGAGGACGUCCACAGUCCUGCUUACUCGGAUAUAUCUGAUGCCAAUGACAGUAGGUCUCCUGUCCAGCAGGAUAGCCCAAAGAAAGAUCCAUCAAUGAAGUUGGAUGACCACCUCAUUGGCCCCCCACAUUUAACUGCUGAUGGCCAUCCUCUUUCGCAGCAUUAUAACAAUAUGUUUUAUUACGGAGCAGCACAGAACUAUCUGCCUCAUGGUAUUCACCCUCACAUGGCAUCUCCAACUUUAUCUAAGGGAGCAAUCAAAUCAGAAUACAUUGAAGAUACCAGAGCUGCUGGUUCUGACGACAACAUGCAGGGUAAGAAAGAAGAAGCUCGUUCCAUUCAAGACUCUGAGCUCCAUCAGAAAUCGUUAAUCAACUAUUAUGCCCAUCUUCAUAAUAUAUCACCAGCAGCAGUUCAGUAUCAGUUGAGUUUUCCUGGCUUGAACCCUGCAGCCCUGGACUCUCCCUACGCAAUGCUGGCUCAGCAGACGUUAGCAGCUGGCCAGAAGCGUUUGCUGCAGCAGGAAAGUGCCGUCAAGCUAGAUGACGGCUCCAGUCGAACCACAGCAGGAUUACCUUCUGGUAGCCAUCCGAUAGGAUUAGACUGUGAGGUAGGUAGAAAAUGUAAAUCUGGAUUUGGUGUGUUAGACACCUCCUUGGAACAGAAAGGAAUUAAUGACGCAAAGGGGCCAAGCCAGGGAGAUAAAAACAAUGAAAAGCUUCAGACUCUUAAAGAUAACGUAGAACUAAAGCCCACGGGACCGCAUCACCACCAGUCAGGUCUACCACCGCAAGACCAGCACAACUAUCAGCUGCUGAAACAGCAGAACGAUAUCCUCAGGGCACAGAUGUACCAGCAGCAAAAGUUCAAGGCGUAUGAAAGUCAGCGGCAAGAGAAACGCAAAGGACCUCCUGAGCUGACAAGAGUUGUUUCUAGGCACGUCCCCGGCCGUGCAACUCCUGACACUCACUCAGACUCUUUCAGGAAGGAUAUGUAUUCAAAUCGCCAGGACCUGAAACGUGACUCCCCAGAUUCUAAACGUUUUGAUGUCAAGGAAGAAAUCACACAGCCAAAAGCAAUAGGGUCUUUACAUGAAGUGUCUAGAUCCCGAGCUGCCGGUCAGACAGGCCCGCUAAAUGGUCCCCCAACCAGCACGGUUUCAUCUGUGCCACAGUCUUUACAGUCUCAGCUGACAUCUUCACUUCCCAUGUCGUUGGUGACGCCCUUGCCAGGAGCAGGGGCGGCUUUCCCGUACAACCCCUACUACCCACACUUCAGACCCGUUCAGUUGGACACCAUGUACAGAUCACUCAACCCUCACAUCAUAGGCUAUACCGCAGGUCCGGCACCGGGCUACAUUCACCCGGAACAGCUUGGGUACAGGAUGUCCACUGUUGACCCCGACAGAAAGGUUACAGACUCAGAUCCCCAGAGAGGCGAACUUCCCUCGAUGGUGGCUGCUCCCGGAUACCCGCCAGUCCACAAAAUACAUGAACUUCACGACAAAGGCCGGCCUAGUCCUGGAGUACAUUCCCCGGGUCCGACAAAGUCCGCGGGUGGGGACCGCCUCAAUUCGCCAAGUCCUGCCGCUCCAACCUCUGUUUCAGACAAGGUGAAAGAAAAACAAAGGGAGUACCCGAGUUCACCUCCUACACAGCGGCACGUACACACACAUCACCAUACUUACGUCGUUGGCGUCUACCCACCAAAUGCAUCUUUCGGUGAGUUGCUUUCUUCUCCUUGA